CAUUCUCCAUAACAAGUAGAUUUUUCAUGAUAAUGGGGAACCACAAUUUGGUUCUACCAAUCGUAGCACUUCUCAACUUGGGGACAUUGCUUAUUUCUCUAGCAUGUCCUUACUGCCCAUACCCAAUUCCUCCCCCCCUUCCACCCAAAUUUCCACCAAAACACCCCCCAAUUGUAAAGCCACCCUACUAUCCCUCACCCAAACCUCCCGUCGUAAAACCGCCACCACAUGUGCUACCUCCUAUUGUAAAGCCGCCACCGAAACCUCCAAUAGUUAAGCCACCUUUCAUUCCCAAGCCUCCCAUUGUAAAGCCGCCACCGAAACCUCCCGUAGUUAAGCCGCCACCGAAACCUCCCGUAGUUAAGCCACCACACUAUCCCUCCCCCAAACCUCCCGUCGUAAAACCGCCACCACGUGUGCUACCUCCUAUUGUAAAGCCACCACCGAAACCUCCAAUAGUUAAGCCACCUUUCACUCCCAAGCCUCCCAUUGUAAAGCCGCCACCGAAACCUCCCGUAGUUAAGCCACCUUUCACUCCAAAACCUCCCAUUAUAAAGCCACCACCGAAACCUCCCAUAGUUAAGCCACCUUUCACUCCCAAGCCUCCCAUUGUGCAUCCUCCGUUCCAUCCCAAGCCUCCAUUUGUGCAUCCUCCGUUCCACCCCAAGCCUCCAUUUGUGCAUCCUCCGUUCCAUCCCAAGCCUCCAUUUGUGCAUCCUCCAUUCCACCCCAAGCCACCAGUUGUGCAUCCUCCAUUCCAUCCCAAGCCACCAGUUGUACAUCCUCCAUUCAAGCCCAAGCCUCCAAUUGUUCAUCCUCCAUUCAAGCCCAAGCCUCCCGUUGUGCACCCACCAUACAAACCCACACCCACACCUCCUCUACUGCCACCACCCUCUGUGCCAAAACCACCCAUCAUCAAACCACCAAUAGUCACGAAACCUCCACCCGUCCCCGUAAAGCCACCGGCGCCAUCAUACCCACCAUACAAGCCCCCACCCACACCCUCACCCGCACCUCCUCUAUUGCCACCACCCUAUGGGCCAAAACCACCCACCAUCACACCACCACUCCCACCAGUAGUCACGAAACCUCCACCUCCACCUGUCCCCGUAAAACCACCGGCGCCAUCAUACCCACCAUACAAGCCCCCACCCACACCCACACCUACACCUCCUCUAUUGCCACCACCCUAUGGGCCAAAACCACCCACCAUCACACCACCACUUCCACCAAUAGUGACGAGACCUCCACCCGUCCCCGUAAAACCACCUGCGCCACCAACUGAAACGCCAUGUCCUCCUCCACCACCACCACCACUGUGUCCUCCGCCAUCACCUGCACAGCAAACUUGCUCCAUUGAUACCCUAAAACUGGGUGCAUGUGUGGACUUGUUAGGAGGUCUUAUACACGUUGGAAUUGGCAGCAGUGCUAAGGACACUUGUUGUCCAGUACUAGAGGGACUUGUCGACUUGGAUGCAGCAUUAUGCCUUUGCACCACAAUAAAGGCUAAGCUUCUGAAUAUUAACAUCCUUAUACCAAUUGCCCUUGAAGUCCUUGUUGACUGUGGCAAAACUCCACCAGCUGGUUUCCAGUGCGCUGCCUAAGUUUAUGACGGAUCAUCUCCGAGCAGGAAAUAAGAGCAUCCUCGGUUGUCAAUCUUCUCAUAGGCCAUAGCCAGAGUAUCAUCUUUCUUUGCCAAAGCAAUGUUAUUUAUGAGAUCAAGUUGCUCUUUUUUUUUCUUUUUUUUUUUAAUUAUUUUCCUUGUGUUUUGGAAAUGUGUUUGAAAGAAAUAAAAUAAGUGUCAGAAAACAACACAGGUGGGUUUAUAUAUUUUGGCUCGCUCUUUCUA